UGUAACCCACAAGGACUGAUACUGGCGUGUGACAGUGCUUCCCAACUGAAAUCAGCAGUAUGGUAACUAAUAUGGAUAGGUCGGUGUGAAACACUCAUGGUUUGAGCAUUUGAUAAAACCUAUUUCGUGGUCCUGCGUCAGUCAACCGAUUAUAACAAUAUGGCUGACUCCGGUGCUCAAGCACCAUCACAAAACACGCUGAACCAGGUGCAGGAGCAAGUCAACGAUGUCAAGGUCAUACUGAAAGACAACAUCAACAAAGUCUUGGAAAGAGACACUCGAUUAAAUGAUCUCAUUGACAAAACCGAUGAUCUCCAGGCAACAGCUGACUCCUUUCAAAAGACGUCUACACGCGUGGCCCGGAAAUACUGGUGGAGAAACACAAAGAUGAUGAUAAUUAUAGGUGUGAUAGUGCUGACCAUCGUUAUCAUCAUCAUCCUACUGGCCACCGGUGUCAUUCCCUCAUAACUGUCUGCUCAAGGUGUUUCUACUAUCCAGCCAAAAAGUCACAUUUACAAAUACAGACCUGUUUAAUUGCACACACAACUAUUAAAUAUAUCAAUUUAUGGUUAUAGUAAUAAUAGAGAAUCUUUAAUGUCUCUAAAUGUCUGAAACAGUUCAAAUUUUUACACUAUUUUUCUUACACCGAUGAUUUAAAUACAUUCAACAACAAAAGGCGUAUCCAGCCUAUUCACAUGUACAUUGUAUCCACAUUAUAUAAGCUCAAAAUAUUGCCACAUUAAAUGAAGUAUUUUAGAUUUUAGAUUGUAUAAUAAUGAGGUUAAUUUAAUUUAAGGUGAUGUUUAUUUAAAGAACUGAAUUUUUUUUUGGUUUUUCAAUGUCUUUAAAGGAAAUCAACUAAAAAUUCCUGGUCAUUAAAUCUGUCCAGAAACUAUAGUAACUCGAUUCGGCUCAUAUAACCUAUUCCACCGAGCCUAAAAGCCAUCCUUGUCUCCUGUGAUCCUUUCUUUUGCAAUAAAGAAGUGAUUCUGACCAUGGAA